GACCCACGGAAGCUCAGGGGCACCUUGGGACCUUCUGAAAUCGAUGGAGAAUGUUCCGUUGGCUCAAGCUGCUUCGGCUUGAGUCGAGUUCGGAGCGGCCGGCGAUGCUCACAUGCCCGCCGUGGGGUCUCCGGCAGUCGGUGCCUCCCCGCGGCGGGCGCAGCCGCCGCCGCCGCUCGCCGGCCGGGGCCACUGCGGCCCGUGCUUGGCGGACCCCGCGAGGCCGCGGAUGCUGGCCUUCUCGCGGCAGGUGGGCACGGCGGCAGUGGGCGGCCUCCUGGCCGCAGCCAUCCGCCAUUGCCCGCAGAAGGCGCUGCGCCUCCGCGCGGCGCGGCGGGCCUGCGCCCGCGGCGCCGCGGUGGAGAACGUCAGUGAGCUGAUCCAGCGGGCGUGCGUCGCCGAGCAGGCCUGCCAGGGCCUGCCGUCCGAGCAGGUCUCCACGGGCCCCGCGCCGAGGGCGGGCAGCCAGGGGCGAGCGCAGGGCGCUGCCCGCUGCGCCCGCGAGCUGGUGGCCCCUCGGGGGCGCGCCCUCCCGGAGGAGGCGAGGGAGAGCCCGCGGGGGCCGCUGGGGCGCCUGACCUCCGAGCAGGUCGCCAGGCUGGCGGUGGCCCUGGCCGACGGCGGGGACGUGGCCUUCCUCUUCGUGAAGCCGCACGCCAAUUUUGAGGAGGGGCGCCAGUGCACGAAGGAGCUCCUGGCACGCUCUGGCGUGCGCGUGGUGGCCGAGGGGAAGCUGACGGCGCUGGAGAUGGACCGCGAUCGGGUCAUCGACAAGCACUACAGGAGCCUGGCCGCGAAGGCGAUGGACUUGUGCCCCAGGGACCUCGUGGUCCAGCCGGAGGCCACUGCUGCCUUCGAGGCCGCCUUCGGGCGCUCCUGGGCGGAGGCCCUCGCAAGCGAGUGCGUCUGCAACGCGCGCGAGGCAAUGGAGCGCCUCGACCUCGAUGAGCAGCAGUUGGGCAUCAAGUGGGCACCCUUGAAGCUCAACGAGGGCAAGGUCAAGUUCGGCGGCGGGUUCUAUUGCGGUAAGAUCGACUCCUUGUUUGUCGUCAACGGAUUCUACAUGGCGAUGCGUGACGCCUACACUCGCCCAGGGAAGUCCGUGCACUGGUAUGUAGUCGAGUGGAAAGCCGCCGACACCUCUUGGGGCGAGUUCCGGCAGAACGUUUUGGGCGCGACACACCCAGAGGACGCUGUUCCCGGCUCGCUGCGGGGCUACUUCCGCGACCACUGGAGGAGCCUCGGCCUCCGCGGCCCGCUCCACGUUGGCGAGAACGCGGUGCACGCGUCUGCCAGCGCCUUCGAGGCAAUGGUCGAGCGCGUCAAUUGGCUCGGCAUCUCGUUCGAGGACGACCCGCUCGGGCGGGAGCUGAUCCGCAGUCACGUGCCCGUCGCCACCCUGAAGAGCUGGUCGUCGGACCCGGUCGUGUCCCACGACGGCCGGGAGGCGUCUUUGUUCGACCUCUUCGAGAACCUCGGCUGUUCCGAGUCCAUCGAGCUGGCGACGGCGCUCCUCCGGGAUGGGCAGCCCGCGCCCUCGCUGGAGACACAGUAGGCCGCCGUUGCCAGAGCACCGGCGACUCAGAGUUUCCACCGCGCCGCGCUCCCGCGCUGCUCGGGCUCCCCCACUUGCUGCUUGGAAAAGAAGGUGGACGGAGAAUGUGCUCCAGUAUUUCUCAUAGCAAGAUGUCUGAUCGCAUGUGCUUGCUGUAUUGCGGGAGGUGGACUGCAGAAAUCCGCUGGCAAGGGCAGCGUGAAUCGACCUACCUGGGAGGCAGGCGUCUUCAGCGCUGGGCGCUACCGACAUAGAACCGCCUCUGUCGGCGAGCGACUCUUGUGUUUGAGGGCCGAAGGAUGAG